GGCGGGGAGAGGCUGCUGCGGAGAGCCGCAUGUCAAUGAGGGCCGGGCUAAUGCAAAUCACCGCCAGCGGCAGCAGCCGAAGAAAGGCGAAGCAGCUGCAGCCCGGGCUCCCUCCCCAGCAGCGCUCUGCAGCCGGGGGAGGUGUAACAAAGGCGCCCGAGCCGCUUGCCGCGGCCGCUCCCGCGAUCGCAGCCGGGUGGUCGCCGGCGGCGGGGGGAAGGCGCCGCUCUUCAGCCGCCUCCCAGCUCGCUUCGCCGCCGCCUCCUCCUCCUUCCCUCCGCGCCCCGCCGGCAGGUCCAAGGGAGAAGCGCUCGUCGGGCUGCGGAGAGCAGAUUGAACUUCAAGAUGUCCUUUGGGAGAGAUAUGGAGCUGGAGCAUUUUGAUGAGCGUGAUAAAGCGCAGCGGUAUGGCAGAGGGUCCCGGGUGAAUGGUUUGCCUAGCCCUACCCACAGUGCCCACUGCAGCUUUUACCGAACCCGUACUCUACAGACCCUGAGUUCUGAGAAAAAAGCCAAGAAAGUUCGCUUCUAUCGUAACGGAGACCGGUAUUUCAAAGGGAUUGUAUAUGCUAUCUCCCCUGACCGGUUUAGAUCUUUUGAAGCUCUGCUGGCUGAUCUGACCCGAACUCUGUCUGACAAUGUGAAUCUGCCCCAGGGAGUGAGAACAAUCUACACGAUUGAUGGCUCCAAGAAGAUUUCCUCCUUGGAUCAGCUAGUAGAAGGGGAAAGCUAUGUAUGUGGUUCAAUAGAACCCUUCAAGAAACUGGAGUACACGAAGAAUGUAAACCCAAAUUGGUCAGUGAAUGUUAAGACAACCUCUACUUCUCGCUCAGUGCCGUCUCUUGCCACUGCUAAAGGAGGUACUCCAGAUGCAAAAGAAAAUAAGGAUUUCAUUAGGCCUAAACUAGUCACUAUCAUCAGGAGUGGAGUGAAGCCACGGAAGGCAGUCCGGAUUCUGCUUAACAAGAAGACAGCACAUUCAUUUGAACAGGUUCUUACUGAUAUAACUGAUGCCAUCAAGCUGGAUUCAGGGGUGGUCAAACGCUUGUACACGCUAGAUGGAAAACAGGUGAUGUGCCUUCAGGAUUUCUUUGGCGAUGAUGACAUUUUUAUUGCAUGUGGACCGGAAAAGUUCCGUUACCAGGAUGACUUCUUGCUGGAUGAAAGUGAAUGUCGGGUGGUGAAAUCUACUUCCUAUACCAAAAUAGCUUCAAGUUCACGUAGGAGCACCACCAAGAGCCCGGGUCCAUCCCGACGCAGCAAGUCUCCUGCUUCUACCAGCUCAGUGAAUGGAACCCCUGGUAGCCAACUUUCUACUCCCCGCUCUGGGAAGUCUCCAAGCCCAUCUCCCACCAGCCCAGGAAGCCUACGGAAACAGAGGAGCUCCCAACACAGUGGCUCCUCUACCUCAUUAGCAUCCACCAAAGUUUGCAGCUCUAUGGAUGAAAAUGAAGGACCUGCAGAAGAAGUGUUGGAGGAAGGUUUCCAGGUUCCAGCAUCGAUAGCAGAGCGAUAUAAAGUUGGAAGAACUAUAGGAGAUGGAAAUUUUGCUAUUGUGAAGGAGUGUAUAGAAAGGUCAACUGGUAGAGAAUAUGCUCUGAAAAUAAUCAAAAAAAGUAAAUGUAGAGGAAAAGAACACAUGAUACAGAAUGAGGUAUCUAUUCUAAGACGAGUCAAGCAUCCCAAUAUUGUACUUCUGAUUGAGGAGAUGGACAUGCCAACCGAGUUGUACCUUGUCAUGGAACUUGUAAAGGGAGGAGAUCUGUUUGAUGCUAUUACUUCCACCAACAAAUACACAGAGCGGGAUGCCAGUGGGAUGCUUUAUAAUCUGGCCAGUGCCAUCAAAUACCUUCACAGCCUGAACAUUGUCCACAGAGAUAUCAAGCCAGAGAAUCUCCUGGUUUAUGAACACCAAGACGGAAGCAAGUCUCUGAAGUUAGGAGACUUUGGCCUAGCAACCAUUGUGGAUGGACCUCUCUACACUGUUUGUGGGACCCCAACAUAUGUAGCUCCAGAAAUCAUUGCUGAAACUGGAUACGGCUUGAAGGUGGACAUCUGGGCAGCGGGCGUGAUUACUUACAUCCUGCUCUGUGGUUUUCCUCCAUUCCGUGGAAGUGGAGAUGACCAGGAGGUGCUUUUUGAUCAGAUUUUGAUGGGACAGGUGGAUUUUCCAUCUCCAUACUGGGACAAUGUUUCUGACUCUGCAAAGGAACUUAUCACAAUGAUGCUUCAAGUAGAUGUAGAUCUGCGGUUCUCAGCCUUGCAAGUUCUUGAACAUCCAUGGGUUAAUGAUGAUGGCCUUCCAGAGAAUGAACAUCAGCUAUCAGUAGCUGGGAAGAUAAAGAAGCAUUUCAACACAGGCCCUAAACCGAACAGCACAGCAGCUGGAGUUUCUGUCAUAGCACUGGACCACGGGUUUACCAUCAAGAGAUCAGGGUCUUUGGACUACUACCAACAACCAGGAAUGUAUUGGAUAAGACCACCGCUCUUGAUAAGGAGAGGCAGGUUUUCCGACGAAGACGCAACCAGGAUGUGAGGGGACGAUACAAGGCACAGCAAGCUCCACCUGAACUCAACUCCGAAUCGGAAGACUAUUCACCAAGUUCAUCCGAGACUGUUCGCUCACCUAAUUCACCCUUUUAAUAAAACACUUUUACUCAAAAGUCUUUGCUUUAACCCUUUGAGACCCUGAAAAUCCUUCAGACCUGUGUGAGGUGAUUACAUCCGAUUUAUCCAGCACUAACUGCUGGAAUGGUGGAACACAAAAGGGUGCUUACAGAAUCUUUGUAAGAAUAAUUUCCUAAUUGAUUGAAAUACUUGUUCUCUGUUUAGAUUGCAAAUUGCUGCUAACAUGAUCCUCAAAGGGUUAAGGCUAUUUUGCUUUUUUAUUUCAAGAUAGAAGCAGUGAAUGUUUUCAUCAGUGAAGCUAGGAACUGCAGUAUGUAAUUUUAGCACAUGUUAACCCUCUGAGUAAAUGAUCAGCUUAAAUCUUGACAGCCCACAUUAGGGCUUUAUUCUGGCUUUUCUGCUUUUAUACGCACAUAUCUUUUAUGGUACCCUAAAGUUCCUUGCUAAUUUCUGGCCAAAACAAUAUCAAACACACUCUCGCUUACAAGCUUUAAAAAUGAAAAUAAAGUGAAACUACCAGUAUCUUCCACUGCAGCUCAUUAUAAACCUGUGUUAUAUGUCCAUAGAAAAUUGACUGUUGUUGGAAGAUACCGUGCAGAAGAAAUGGGAAAUUCAGUUCAGGGCAGCCUCAGAGUUUACAGAAGAUGACAUGAUGAUGGCCACAAAAGGUUGCUUCCAUAUCGUUUACUGCUAAUGACAAUGCAGUGUCUUGGGAAAUGGCUUGAGGAUAUAUUCUGUCAUGUAAUGGUAUGUAAUGAUCUGGCUGAGAAGUUCCUGGAUCCUUUGCCUCACAUUCAAAAAUGUACAGACAUCCUCUCAACAUUACCUGAUUAUUCCAUAGAUAGCCACAGUUACUGAUGUGGCAAGAGUUAAAGAUUAAAAUUGAGAAUUACCCUUAAAAUAGCUAGAUUAUUUCUAAACUGAGGAAGACAAAGUCAUUUAAUAUAUAUGUAAAGCCUAAGCUGCAUUAGUGAAAGUUUUGUCUGAGAGUGGAUAAACUAAAAGACUCACCAGUUAUAUUUGUAAUAUAUCAUAAAGUGGGCAUUUACACAGAAUAUACAUAUUUUCUGUUUGUUAAAACCUCAACAUAGCAUUCUAGCAUUUUUAACUAUUACCAUAAAAUUGGAUUCCACAGAAAUAGUACGCUUCAUAGACUUCUGCUUCAAAUGUGAUAGUUUGAAACAAAAAUGAUUAUAAAUUCACUCAAAAUUCCGCUGGAAUGAAAAAUGCAGCUUCCAAAAUCUUAUUCUAAAAUAAAAAAUAACAUUAAAUUUAUACUUUAUCUUAUUACGUGAAAUUGACAAUAUUUCAUGUUUUCCUCUCUAAAGUUAAAAUUUUGUCAUGGUGUUUUUAGAGUCAUAAAAAUGUUGUUUCCUCUUUCUUCCUACCUCCUUUCCCCUUUUUUCUCUUUCCUUGUCCCUUUCUCUUCCACAUCUUAAAAAUAGAAAUAUCAAUAUGCUGCCCAAAAAGAUAUGCAGACUUUGCUGAUCUUGCUGGGAAGUAUAAAUAAAGUUUGGAGGAACAGGGCAAGUUGCCUAUAGUGCAGUUUCUGUUCUGAGUUGUGUUUGCACAUGGAGCUAUCACUACAAACAGUUGUGGCACUGAACCUGCAGCUUGUUGGAUCUGGUGUAAUGCUCUUUUGCAUUUCUAGUUGGAAGUAUCAUGAAUUGUACUUUAAAAAACACUGAAAUUGUUUUGUUUCUCCAUCCUUUAAAAUGCAUCUUUCAUUGCCUACGUCAUGAAAAUUUGUAUAUUAAAAGCUUUGAAGAUUUUGGAUACAAGAAUUUAAUCUUGUGAAUCUUCACACAAGUGAUACAAGUAUUUCAUACAGAAUGCAAUUAACUUCACCCAAUGUUAAACUAGAAGUGAGAUAUUUAGUGUUAAUUAGAUCUCCAGCCUUCCUUGGCAAUACAGGGAGAUAAGCAUUUCCAGGUUUGAUUCAUCCCACCUGUUACAGGCACACAUUUCAGGAAGGACUCAUGCUUUGAUUCACCUAUUGUUCCCACUCCGUUGAGUAUAGAAGGAAGCACUGAUAGAAGCUUACGUCAGACACUAAAGUUCAGGUUAUUGAAUUUAGUAGGAUGAAUCUCACCCUAAGUCAUUAGGAGACUGAUCUCUGAAUACACACCCACGGGCAGAAGCCCAGUGCUGGCACAUGGGCUCAGUUAUUCUAGUUAGAACCUGAAUAACGACAUUAUAACCGAAGUGAAACAAAUAGUUAUCUUGUUGGAGAACGCCACAGGUGCAAGAGGUGAAGGGAUAAAGGAACUGCCAUACCUCAGUUUUCAAAUUCUAGGGUUUGGGAAGGGCUGCAUCUAUGGCAGAUCCUUGACAAUGCCCAUCUAACCCUAGAGUCCCUUCAGGGAGAAGUCCUUUGGUCAAUAGGGCACAGCCACUGCCAUGUUAAUGGCUGUAGUUUCAUAACAUUUGGAUAGGACAUGGAUUAUUUUAUCAUGGGACCAAACUCUCUGCUAAGGUAAAUUCUUCCUUGCUACUUACUUACCUACAUCACUUUUUAGUAGUUCAGGAUCUGGCACGUGUUUUUUCCAGCAUGGUCCUUCCCACAUUGUAUUACAGCUAUCCCUUUAGAAUAGAUGCAGCUCAACCAUGUAAAUGCUAGACAUACAUUUGGUAACAAAAAGCUGUCCAUUAAUACCACAUGUUCCUUGACUGCUGGGAAAAUUUGGCAGGCAUAACGAAAAGGCCAAUGGUCAUUCUUCUUAAUUAGAAAAAAAACAUUUCACCUUACGCAUGAGAAAUAUUAUUCAAAAAACGUUUGGGAUUUUGCAUCGCCUUUGCUUUGCUUUGGAAUACAGGGUUAUCAUUAAAAUAAGAUGUUUGGCUCCUUCAUCUUGCACCAUCUUGCACUACUUAAAAUGUAUGUAGAAAUAAUCCUAGAUCCUGAAAUCCCUACUCAUCUCCAGCAUCUUAUGUGUUUCUGAUCUUUGGUUCAUGUUUUAUGAACAUAACUAUAGAAAUAUUUAUUUAAAGUUAUUUUUAGGUCUGUGAGAGAUUGAGUUUCAAAUUGCUGAUAGGUUCUUCUUAGGCUUCAAGGAAUAGUGUCUGAGUAUUUAAACUGUUUUAAAAGAGGUUUCCAUGCUGGUUUUAAAUAUAUUUGUAUAUAUUUUAAAUGUAACCAUAUAUAUCUAUAUGUACGUACGGUUUUGUGGAUAUAGUAAUGGUUCAGGCUUGUUUGCUAGCAUCUGCCCCUUUUCUUGUGUAACCUCAGAAUUCCUGGGGGUAAGUGAAGGCAGAAUACAUGGCCUAAAAAUAUCUGAAACACCAAUGGGGAAAAAGAAAAAAAAAAAAGAUAAUAAAGAAUCAGACUAUUUCUAAUGUGAUAAACUGAGAGACAGUAUAGCACACCUUGGUCAUUUUAUUGUAACGCAUACCAGUUCUCCUGACUGCUUCCUUCAUUUCACUUUUGAAUCUUCUUUGCAUCGUAUUGGUGCUAAAUGUGAUGAGUUUUUUUUUUUUUGUUUCUUUGGUUUUGUUUUGUUUUGUUUUUAAUGUGUAUUAUGUAUAGAAGACCAGCUUCCUCCCACCAAGCUUAUGUAGUUAACUGAGAUGGAUGGCAGUCAUGGUGGGCACCAUCUAUCAUGAAGGAGAUGGAGAGAAGCACUUCUACAGGGUGACUCAGGUUAUCUAAUACUUGGUCUCGAGAUGCCUGUUGGUGUGAUCUAAGUAUUAACAGGAGAAUAGAACAGGGUCACUUCCAGCUUGAUUCCUCUCAAUUAAAUGUAAGUGGGGAUAAGGUGGAGUCUACCCUAAGUGCAAUAUUCAGUGAGUUUGCACGCAGUAAGCAAACUUCAAUGUGAAAAUGUAGUGAUAGGUGAUAGCACAGUGAAAUGGUCCUGAAAUGGGCUUCCUCUCAUCUAGAUGCAUCCAUCUAAGAGUUAAGCAUCUGAUCUAAGGCAAUCACCUCAGCUUCCCUUAUAGUUCCCCUAUAGAGACUAGCUUCUCUAGCGAAUAAUUAAAAUUCUAGGAUGGAUGAAUCGCUCACAAGAUGAGGUGGCUAGCCCGAAUAUAUUUUGAACAUGAUUUAAUAAUUCAUGACAAAGAAAUUAAUUUCUCAGUUAUAAUUUUCCUAGCAUUAAUGUACAAAAAUCCAGAAUACCAUGGUUAUACUCAGAGGGUUAACAGAAAAGCACAAGGCAUGCUGAUUACAUUGGUGUAUCCAAACUGCUUUGCUUUUUUAGCCAGUGUUUGCCGAUUUUUUUCAGAAAAUUCUUGAAAAAUUUCAAGUUUGAAAUAAUUUAAGUGUUGUUGUUUAAGGAAUUUCUAUAACCAAAUUAAUCUUAUUUUUAGCUUAACUUAUCACAGGAAUAAUAUGUAUCAUUGAUGCAGUGUAAGUCUGUAGUUCUCAAUUUUAUUAAUUCCACAAGUGAUUCCAGAAAUCUCUCUUUUUUUUAAGUACUUACUCUAGAGCUUACAAUGGUGGCAUAGGUGACUGAGACUGUCUUUCUUAUUGGUAAACAGACAAUAUUGUAAUUUCAAGAAAGUCCUCAGAAUCAACUUUUCAGUUUGGUAGUGUACUAGUUAGGGGAAAACUAACUCAUGACAUGCAUUGUGUAAAUCAUCUUUGUAGAUGAAGAUCGUUCAUAUUAAUGAACACUUUUCUUUUUCCUUGACAUUGUAGCAGAAACUGUUUACUUGUUAAUGAACAACCAAUACAUUAAUUUGCUUCAGACUGUUAGAGGGGAAAGUGAGAUUCCAGUCAUUGAUGAUGUUAUUGCUUUACAGUAGCCCUCAUCUAAUUUAAAUGUGGUGCAUACUACAAUAAGCAAAGCCAAACCUGUGAAUAAACUCCUGAAAAAGCCUGGUGGGUCUUUAUUCAGUUGGGUGCUUGCGUACAGUAGUGUGUGACAGCAGGAAGGCUUUCAAGAAUUGUUGAAAUGAAAGUGAUAUAUCCACAAAUAAGAGCUAAAUUGCAAUCCUUUCCCUAUGGGGCAUAUAUAUGUUUAAUAAUAAUAAUAAUAAUAAAAAAUAAGAAAGAAAAUAAAUGAAAAAGAAAAAAGAAAAAUUGGCUCAGAGGUUUGCAGCACUACUAUAUUACCACAGGGCAAGCACAUUAAAUCAUUGUUAUAUUUGCUAGCCUGGGGUGUAUGUUAGAAAAUGGCAUCUUUUUUAUUUAGUUUAGAUUGUGGGCAGGGAGAGCUUUCCUAAUAUUAUUGCAGUGCCUGCUAGUGCUGCCAUGGUUAAGGCUGUGUUAGUAUUUCCAUUAUAACCUCUUAUUCUCAAAGGUUUUUAAUUUGAUCGUAAAAAUUGGCUUCAGGCAGAAACUUGGCAUACAGUUUUUCAGCUCAGAGUGAUUCCUUUCCUAAAAUACAGGGGAAAUCAGCUUGACCCCUUCAACAUUUAUUUUCUAACUGUACACAAACAUUCACAUACACAGACACAAAUUGGAGGACCUUAAACAAAGGCCAAUUUAUGCAGCCAAUUCCAAAUGUGUUAUGUUUUCAAGCAUAUCUUCCAGGCCUUAACUACAAAGCUGACAGCUCAGAACUUUGGGGCAUUUUGAAAACCGGGGAGAAAACUCAGUUAUCAAGAGCAAAAAUGUUCCACAUGUGGGACGGUUUUAUUUCAACGUGACUAGCAUUUAAAGUCUGUGCAGUAAUGGGGUUGUAUAUACACCCCGCCGAGUGCUCAUGUAAUUCCUAAACCCAUUAGUGUAAGUCAUUCCACGUAGCAAAAGCUAAAUGUGAAUAAGCUGAAUUUCCCCAUAACCUUGGGAGAGGAAGCAGUUUCAUCUUGUGCUUUAGAGUAGCACCAUGGACAAAGCUGACAUGCCACCAGCCAAAAGUGUCUGGAAAGAGAAGAAUCAAAGGAGCAUGUUUUCUCUUAAAGGAAAAAUGUAUAUAUGUCUGAAUAAGACAGGUUUGAAAGCUCGCACUGAAUAAGAGAGGUAUUAAAAGCAUUUUCAAAAGCAGAAGUAUGGAAUCAUGCAACUAUAAAAGUGCAAGGAGCCACUCAGUAUAAUGAAUCCAUGUGCGGAGCCAAUCAGCUACUAAUCUGGAGCAAAUUUACAGCUACAAACAGACAUAAUUAAUAUACAAAUCAAGCACACCCAGCGGCAGAUGGAAUUGAAAUCCUAGUUCUUUUAGCAAACAUAAUGCAGACCUCUUCCUCGUAUAUUCACUAAAUGAGACCGUGUGUAGCUGUUUGAAGUUGUGUUACAUACAGGCUGGUGGGGAAAUUAGGUGUUCAAAAAAUGACUGUAAGUUAUUUUAUUUAUUUAAUUAUUUUUUAAUACCAAUUCCACAGCAUGCUUCUACCUUAAUGGUUCCUUUUGGAAAAUGACAGCUUUCAAAAGUGAUGUCUAUGCAUUUUUUACUUGUCUGCAUAUAUACUUGGAUAGCCCAUGCCGAACACCUUCAAUAAAAACUGAGUUGCCAUA